GAAAGAUCCGAGUAUAUAUGUCUGAGUUCCUCCCAUACGCUCACAAGGCGUCCUCCAUGGGUGCGUUCGUCUACUUCCAUUCGGAAGAAGUUGCAAAUAUUCAUCGUGCGAGACAGGCGGUAGACAAUCCUCGCGCUAUUGAGGACCACCGUCCUUGGCCAAAUCAGCCUGACCAACUACAGCGCUGGAGUCAAAACCGAUGCAUUGAGAAAUACCCCGGCACCUCCAUUUUGCACUGCCCCAAGAUGUACCAAGAUAUCAAGACUGGUCAAUCUCGAGGCAAGACCAUCAUUCUCUCUAUUGGAGUGCCUACCCCAUUCCUAACGACCUCACAGACCAAGCCCUUGCCCAGGACACCUAGGACAUGUUCCUUGGCAGAUCCUCCGACUCAACCCCUUGAUGACGCGAUCUUGGACGGUGUUGAACUGGACCAAGAAAGCGAACGGACUCAAGGCUUCACCGGAUUUCUGCAAGCAUUCUACGCCAAAUUCGCGGGCGCUUCGCAUUCAAUAUAUGGGUCACUCCCACAAGUAUACUUGGGUGCUCCUGGAGGACCUAAUGCAGCUUGGGCUAAUGUCAUGAGUGCAGUUGACGAGGGCGAAUGAAACCGUCAAUGAUGAGGGAUGCAGGGUUUGCAUAGGCCCUGCAUAGCAUCAACCCAUCGCCACCAAAAUCGCCUGCACCAUCAUCCAGUAUCCUUCCGCCACCCCAGAGAUUCCUGAACCAACGUCAUCGCCACCACCAGAGGUACCGUCGCCGUCCUUUUCGCCGUCUGAACCUUCAAAAGUACCUUGGUCGCCAUUGACGACGGAAACCUCAUUCCCUAGUCCCGUUAACGGCGCUGAUAGCGGUAGUGUUGGAGGAAACGUGGGCAGGGCCGCAAUUACGAUGGUUAACUGUUCGGCCUUGCUCCAGCAUUCUCCGUCAAAGCUCGUCAAAGCGAUACGCCUACAUUGCUCGCGAUUCGCAUGGUGAACUUUGGUCCACCUCGCGUCGCAUUCACGUUUAUGGGAUCGUCUCAAGGCAGCGAUUCAGAGUCGGCUGAAAUUUCCAAGGGCUGGACAGGAC